CUCCUCCGACAGCAGAGAGCGGGACACAGAAGCAGAAUCGGACAAAGAAAGAAGAAGACGCGCAGAUUUUCAGCCAUGCUGGACACGCUGACCUUCCUCCUGGAGAGGCUCUUCCUCCUCGCCCACAUCAAGCUGUCCAGCCUGCUGCCUCCGCUGGGCAGAGAGAGCGGAGAGCCGCAGCCCCCCCGGCGCUGUGAUCGGGACGACCCCUUCCCGCAGAAGUUCCAGCGGGGAGAUCUGCUGGAAGUUCCGCGGACUCUCUUCACCCACUUCGGCAUCUACCUGGGCGAGAACCGCGUGGCGCACCUCAUCCCGGAUAUCCUGCCGGUGCUGACCGCCGACAGCCGCCAGAUCCAGGAGAUGGUGACCAACACCCGGCUGCUGCUCGGGGUCCUCUCCAAGCGUGCCAGCAUCCGGGUGGACUCAGUGGAGGAUUUCGCGUACGGAGCCGGGAUCCUGCUUAACGCCAUGGACCGAGCGGUGCAUCGGAGCCCGCUGCCGUCAGAGGAGGUGGCCCGGCGGGCGGAGCGGCUGGUCGGCAGCGUGUCCUACAGCCUGCUGUGGAACAACUGCGAGCACUUUGUCACAUACUGCCGCUACGGGACGGCGCAGAGCCUGCAGACCGACAAGUUUUGUGAAUGGUUGAAGUCGCUAAUCCGGGACCAGCGGAACGUCCUUCUGACUGGGCUGCUGGGCCUUCUGUCCAUGGUGUGUUUGGGAGUAUCCCCCAGCACCGCCCUGCCCACCCUCCUCAUCCCCUUCACCCUAUGGAUGGCCAGCUAAGAGCCGCCCGGACCACCUUCGCCAUCAACGUUCGAGUCUCGCCACCAGUUCUGCACAGACUAAGCUGCUAUACUGGAAGACUGACGGAAAGGAUGUAGUCACACAUUUAAACCUAUGAAGAUGAACACCAGAAAUGAACUCUUAUGGUACACCCAAUGGUGAUUGUUACAGUAUUUUUAGUUAGCUCUUAGCAACAAGGGCAACUUAAAAAGUCUUUAAACAAAUCUCUUUACUGAAAAAGACAGAUAGUUUCAGACAAGAGGAAUGUAUGUCCAGCAGAAAUGACACAAAUAGAAUGUUUACAUGAAGGUUAUUUGUCUAAAAAUCCAACAUUGGAAUAAGUAAUGUGAAGCCCCAAUACUCAAAGCUAACUCUCUAAAACUUUCCCUUGUUUGUGGACACUGAGCCUUUUCACAUCGACAUCAAAAAUCUGAUCAUGAUCAGGUUUCUGGAGUUACCAGAUUAUUGAAGUGAUCAUGUAAACGUCAUAAUCUGAUAUCCGAUAACAGCAGUUGUGUAAA